AUGAAUUGCACAUCUUCAGGCAAUGUUCCAGGUUACAAUGCCAGCAAUUUUGUGGCACUUUCUCUACGAAUUGGCCGCCCUGCGAUUGUUGUGACAGUUAACUUUCGAUUGGGUGCUUUUGGGUUCAUGGCAUCUGAUGAUAUCUUGAAAGAUAAUCAAAGAACGGGAGACAAAGGGGUUGGUAACUACGCUCUGCAUGAUCAGUAUAUGGCAAUGCUCUGGGUUAAAAAAUAUAUUUGCGGCUUUGGUGGCGAUGCUGAGAGAAUCACCGCAAUUGGCCAAAGCUCUGGCGCCAGUAAUGCUGUGAUCGCGAGUCGGGAACUGGACCAUCAGCAGCAUGUUUACGACAAAUUCCUCGAACACCUCGGAAUCUCGGCAAACAUGCCGCCAAAUCAGAGGCUAGAAAUGCUCCGCUCGAUCAAGCAGGAAGAUCUCGUGGCCGCCUAUGUUUGCCUAGGAAGCCCGUUGCCUAACUGGCAAGCAACGGUUGACGGAGUUGUUGUUGAGGCGUUGCCCAAUUGUGAUGGACUUGCCAACCAGGUGUAUGCUCCGUCAAUCAAACGAGUCAUGGCUGGAUUUUGUGAACAAGAGGGGGCCCUGUGGAGCGGCCGCAUCAAACCGCAACAAUGGACCGUGCCGAAGAUAAUUGAUAGAAUGGCUGCCUACUGCGACCCUCGAGAGACGUACGACAUCCUUGGGAAAUAUGCAAUCACGGACGAAGACCGGGAUAACGAGCUUGUUCCCAAACUUUCCGAUUUCUGCGGUGGGGUGGAGUUUAGGCAGCCUAUAUAUGAGCUGGUUAACAACUGGAAGCAAGGAGACGCCUACCUCUACCGCAUGCGUUUCGUUAACCAAUUUGAUGGCAUGUUUAGCGGUAAGGCUCACCACGGUGUCGAUCUACUUUUUUUCUUCCAAACGUAUAAUCAUCUCCUGCCCAAGGAAUAUACAGCAGCAGCGGAGGAGAUGGGAAAACACUUCGUCGAAUUCCUUAAUGGGAUUUCGCCGUGGGCACCUUUUACAGAGAUGAACAAUGUUAUGAACUAUGGCCCGGACCACGUGGGGUCACAGAGUCUUGAAGCGAGCCUGUACGGGCAGUGCCAGCCCUUAAAUGGGUGCAAGGACUGGUUUAAUAAAUGCACAUCGGUUAGCAGGGCCAUUAGAAAUGAAAUCGUGUAUACAAGAGGUGGAGAAUAG